AUGGAGGGCCUUGAAUAUAUCGGUGCAAACCUGAGGUAUACCCGCAGUGCUUAUGGAGCUCUCUUCUAUGUCAGCUUCCCGCUAGGUGAUGAGCCACGGGCCCUAGCACUCGGACAAAACACGAAGAGGUCAGAUAUAGACCAAGAGAUCGACAAGCUUCGUCACUGGCUAGAAACGGCUUCGCCUGAUCAUGCACAAAGAGUGUCUCAUCUCCACACUCUGGGUAUCACGCUGAUUGAAAAAUUCCAUCUCACGACGUCCUUUGAUGCCAUCGAUUGGGCAAUCGAGUACCUUCAAGAAGCGAUCGACCUAGCGCCAUUGGAAAGUCCAACACGUCCACUACAGUAUUUAUGUCUAGCUACAGCAUACCAAGUUAGAUGUGAAAGAAAUAUGAACACGGCUGAUAUUGAUAGUGCUAUCAAGCUUUGUCGUGAAGCUACCUACAUAACGGGAACGACUCAUCAUUUGCGUGGUUUGCAGAUGAAAAUCCUGGGAGACGCAUAUCGCGUGAGAUUAAAUUGUUCCGGCGAGGUGGCUGAUGUCAAUGAGAGCAUUCGCAGUUAUGAGGAGGGGCUCGACCUCGACUUGCCCAUCAACAUGAUCCGCAUCGAUCUGACUCACGCCCUUGGCCUUGGUUAUCAGGCGAGGUACCAAGUCACGGCAACAAUGUUGGAUAUGGAUACCUCUCUGCAACUCCUCCAAGAAGCUUGCGAUGCGACAGCAGGUACAUACCAAAUCAAGAACUCCAGGCGACGGGAUCUCGCAUUGGGCCAUCAAAUCAAGUAUUUGAGAAACGAAGACACUUUGGAAAUCAAUAAGGCCAUCACGUUGUUUCAAGAAUGUGUAGAUCACACACCUACUGGGGACCCUACACUCGCCGCUGGUUACGCAAAUCUCGGGACGGCCUAUGCACUCAAGCGACGAAAGGUCGGGUCAUUCAAAGACUUAGAAAGAUCCAUUGAAUUGCUCCAGAAUGCGGUUAAGAUAUCCAAAGUAGAGGACCCGAAUGGUUCAUCUAUACUUGGAGAACUUGGAAUGGCGUAUCAAGAUAAAUUUUUCGAAACGAAGCUCCUUUCAGAUAUUGAUACUGCAAUUGAGACUUGGCAAAGAGCUAUUGACUCAUCGAAUACCACGAAACAACAAGCGACACAACUUCAAUGGAAAUCUCGAGCGGUAUUAGAAAGGUUUCAUAAGACAAAGUCUGUCACUGACAUCGACCAAAGCAUUCUGCUUAUGCAACGGAGCCUAGAAAAUACCCUCCCAGAAGAUAUACCACGUGCAGUUCGCCUGUUCGAGCUUGGCAGCCGUUACAAGCACAAAUAUAGAAACACCCGAGCCAAGGAAGACCUCACCACCGGCACCACUCACCUUCGGACAGUGAUACAGGAUCCCUCAAUAGAUGUUUACGCUAAGAUACUGGCUGGCGAGGAUGCGAUGAAUUUUUUCGCUUUGGCUGAGGACUGGAUGCAAGGCUACGAGGUAGCCGCUUCGCUCAUCAAAUUGAUUCCCCCUCUCAUACCUCGUUUCCUCGAAACAUUUGACAUACAGUAUGUGCUCAGAGACAUAGAAGGUGUUGCAUGUGAGGCAGCUUCCAUGGCCCUCUAUGCUGGAAAAGAGCCAUCGGUUGCUCUGCAGUUUUUGGAAAUUGGGAGGGAUGUUAUAGCAACAUCUAUCGAAGAUCUGCGCGGUGAGGUCGGCAUUUUGGAGGAAAAAUAUCCUGACUUGGCGAACCAGUUCCUCACUCAACGGGCAGCGUUAGAUAUACCAGCCACAGAAGACAGUGUCCCCGACCAGCGAUAUAAGAGGGGCAAUGUCUUCGAAAAUCUCGUCGAUAAGAUCCGACAGCUACCCGGGUUUAAGGAUUUUCUACGCGAACCAAGCGAAGAUGCCCCUAAACCAGCGGCAAGCGAGCAUCCUAUUGUUGUUAUCAACGUCAGUCGCUAUCGAUCUGAUGCUAUAAUAAUAUCACAUGAUCAAAUUCUCUCCAUGGCUCUCGCGGACUUAAGCUUUGAAAAGAUCAAAGCUCAAUCACGACACAGCCCCGUUGUUCUCUCCUGGUUAUGGGAUGUUGCAAUGAAACCAAUUUUGGACUUUCUUGGGUUCACCAAGAUUCCCAUCUCAGAUAAAGACUGGCCAAGAAUAUGUUGGAUACCAAUGGGCCCCCUCAGUGGAUUUCCUCUCCAUGCCGCAGGUUAUCAUAAUGAUGGAUCCUCGGAAGCCGUUAUUGAGAGAGUUAUGUCAUCCUACAGUUCAUCUGUCAAGGCGAUCAUCAAUGGUCGUCACGAUACAAAGACAACGAGAGAGGUAACGAGAGAUAGAUCAUUGCUUGUCGCGAUGGAAAAUACUCCUGGGGCCACAAGACUUCCCUUCGCAACUCGUGAGGUCAACAUGUUGCACAAGCUCCACAUAUCCAUGUCACUGGAUCCUAUCAUUGCCAAAAACAAGACCAAUAUUUUAUCGCAACUUCCACAUUGCAAGAUUUUCCACUUUGCUGGUCACGGUUUCACAGACAGCCAGGAUCCUUCUCGAAGCCAUCUGCUUCUCGAAGAUAACGGCAAAAGUGACACCCUGGAAGUGGGAAAGCUGUUGAGCCUAAAUAUUCGCCAAAGUCAACCAUUCUUAGCAUACCUUUCGGCAUGCGGGACAGGUCAGAUCAAAAAUAAUACUUUCCUAGAUGAAAGUAUUCACCUUAUUAGUGGUUUUAGGUUAGCGGGGUUUCGGCAUGUUAUUGGCACACUCUGGGAGGUAAGUGAUGAAACCUGCGUUGAUAUGGCGAAGGACACUUAUGAGGGAAUUCGCGAUGGCGGCAUGAGUGAUGAUUCAGUUUGUCGAGGGCUCCAUAUGGCCUCGAGAGCGCUAAGGAAGAAGUGCCUAAGUAUGCUCAUUUCUAGGAAGGAACGACAAGCAAGGAAGGACCAGGUUCGGGAUGUUGGUUCGACUGGGGAAAUUCAAGAAGAAAGAGCCUCAGAACGGGAUGUUUUGCCUUGCGAAGAAGAUGACUCUGUGUCAUUUCACUCCAUUUUGGUGUCUGAAUGA